GACCUUUGCUCCCUUGUGAAUCCUUAGGACAUGUACUAUAUAAUUUAAAAAUCCGUCCGUCCGCGGUUACACCGGUUUUACCAGAAUGUCGUACAGAAACCCUACCAGAUUAAAGACCCGAAGAAUCACAUAAGCAGGUGACGGUAUGAUGCUGCUACCCGUGAGGAAGCUAGUCAGGAUGUGUACAUUGCUGUUCCCUGGCUUUGCUGCCCUGAUGCUGUUCUUGAACAUCAUGGACCAAGAAGGGAAGUGUACAACACAGCACCUGACAUACAUGUGUGGCUUGCAUGCUGAAGGGAAGGUGCAGGGACCGCUGUGCGAUACCAUGUGCUCCGAACGGCUCACCAUCCACCGCUGUCUCAGCAUGCGGCCCGAGAAACACGUCCUCCACGCGUCGUUGGAGCCAGAAGGACCAUGGGAUAUGUUACAUGAGCAGGCCGAUGAGUUUGUCUUGAAGUUUUCCAGCAAAAUCUGGUACCAGAUGAUCCAACAACACAAACCUUCAGACCCACAACUCAACUAUUCUUACCUCAUAGAGCAACAAGCGUACAAAAUCUGCAUGAACGAGUUCGAAAACAGCAAAUCUUGUCACAGAUUUGGGCAAAGGACGAGGUUAUACGCUGACGGUGACGCUGAUGGCAAGAUUUCACAGAGUGAAGAAUCCAACAUGUUCAGUCUCCUGAUGCAGCGAGAAUUCUUUAUGCUGCUGGCCCUGAAUGACAGCAAGUCCACGUUAGAUCUGUACGGUUACUGCGGCGGAUUUUAUGCAGUGCAAAAGGUGCAAAGCACCGCCUCCCAAGUCUUCGAAACUGAUGAUUACGUUUUGGAUGUCUUACCAGAUAUCUUUCUGGAUAAUGUUAAUGAUAUUUUGGUUCCCUUGGGUAAGAUGCUGGGGCAGUAUGGGGAUGAGGCUGCGAAGUACCUACACCGUAACUUCGUACAAGUUCGAUUCCCAGAGUGGAAAGAGAGGGUCGACUUUAUCCAGCAGUGUUUUGGGAUUCUGUAUGACUUAAGUUCCCAGUUUGGGGUGACGGUGCGUUGCUGUGACAGUCACCUCGGCAACUACGGGAUCACGGACUCCGGGCGGGUGGUCUACCUCGACAUGGACAAUGUCAUGUCAACGAAUGCGGUUUUGCUGUACCUCAGUCAACAGGAGUGUCAAACCGACGAAGACUGCACGGUUGGAUCAUAUGACGACUGUUCCUCCAAGUGCAAUAAAGACAUAGGACAAUGUCAUAAUGUCACGAAACAAAACGACCUCCACAACUUCUGUAUAUCCACCUUGUCACCAAUGCUCGUGGCAAAGACAGUUGUUUUAGAAGUAGGCGUAGACAAGAAGCUAGUCAAAAAGUUGUCCAGCCUGGUUCGUGAGUGCGAAAAGCUGCCGUUGUUCACUACAGUCAAGGACUUCAGGGAAAAGGGGAUACUGUACAUAUGGAACAAAUUCAACAGAAUUCUACGGGAUGAAACAAGUGUGCAAUAGGGCAGACUUCCAAGCAUGAAAAAUUGUAGACACAGGUGAUGGUGAAUAGAGGUGUGAUCGGUCAAGGGGCCAAAAUUAAUGUGCAAUACUUUUGUUUAAGGUUGUAAUUUUGAUGGAAUAAAGUCAUGUGA